UCGACUCAAGCGCCGCUGUUCGCAAUUAGUUGGCCAAAAUGUCUGAUUGCAAGCAACCGGAAAAUUUAUUGCACGGCAACAACAACAGACAGCGGACCAAAGCAACUUGAACGCGGCUGUGAGAAGCUCAAGGUGCAAUUGCGCAAUGCGUCUGCGGAGAUAGCGGAAAGCAAGUGUGAAACGGAUAAGGUGUCGGCGAGUGCGGAAGAUCAAGCCCUCGAUUACGAGCUACAUAAACGGACCUCAAUAUGUGUUUGUGUCUGGUUUAAAUAAAUUAAAUCAGCACGCACCUGUAUGCGAACAUUACCAAAGAACAAAAUUCAACAAUUAAAUCCGGUUUAGAGCCUGCAGCGCCACCGCUUUUCAGCAUCUGCCUUAUACUCAUACAUAGACAAAAGCGUAUACGGCUGUGAGUUGCCCUCAGCUGGAAAGUUUAUAGCAAUAUUGUAGCGAUUAAAGUGCAAUUCGCGAGCGUUCAAUAAUAAAUUCCAACAACUAGUGAAUAAAUAAUACGUUCAUAUACACAUUUAUAUGCGUGUUUAAUUUAAUAACCUAAAAAAUAGAAACGUUUACACUUCCGGUGCAAUUGCAGCAGACAAAGCAGACAAAGCCGACAAAUAGCUCAACAACAACAACAAUAAAAUGGCUGCGCGAAACAGCAUUUGGACAUAUUUGUGCGCCCUCCGCCUGACUCUGCUCGCCCUGCCGCUGCUGGUGGCAAACACAGAGGCGCGAAUCGGCUAUUUUUGGCACAUCACAGAUCUUCAUUUGGACACAUUUUACUCGACGCAAGGCGACGUUAUGCACAGUUGCUGGCGUAUCGACGGUCAAUCGCCAAGCAGUUCCAUUCGCUCACCUGGUCGUUUUGGCGAUUAUUUCUGCGAUAGUCCUUGGAGCCUAAUUGAGUCGGCAGCGAAAGCGAUGAAGACUCGACAGGGCGACAAUGUCGAGUUCGUUCUGUGGACAGGCGAUGGUUUAUCACACUCAGCGCUGAAGGAGUCCGAUACGAAGAGGUUGGAGAUCCUGCGCAACAUUACCGAUUUGCUCGGUCGCACAUUCUCAUCGCAGUUUGUGUUUCCAGUGCUUGGCCAUGAGGAUGGCACCACAAACUUUCGCCACUUGGGCGAACUCUGGCGACAUUGGCUGCCAUCGGAAGCACUACACACGUUCGAAAAGGGUGGCUACUACUCCAUUGAGCAGACGAAAAGUCGCCUGCGUAUAAUUGCGCUGAAUACGAAUUUCAUGCGGCACGAUCACAAGGCCCCGCCCAGCCAUUUGGCGGCGGUGCGGCAGCGCACUCCAAUGUCUGGCAGCAGCGGCGGUGAUUCCGAAUACAAGACCUACUACUAUCAUCACGGCUCAAUACACCAACACCAUGGACAUUCGUCGAGCGAUUGGAUGAGUCAUGGCGGGGGCUAUGGCGGCUACAGCGGCGGCCACCAUCGUGGCAUGAACGCCAUACCGGCUUUGAGUGUGGGCGAUGGUGAGGGACGAGUCAGUGCGCUCUCCGAGUAUGAGACCCAGGAUGCGGAGAAACAAUGGCUCUGGUUGGAGGAGGAGCUUAUAAAGUCGAGAAAUAACAAAGAAACGGUUUACAUUGUGGGACACAUUCCACCCGGAUCGGAUGAACGACACAUCGGUUUGCAGCAAAAUGGCCGCACCACAUUCACCGAAACGAAUAAUAAACGCUACCUGGAAUUGGUGCGAAAGUAUUCCUCAAUCAUACAGGGACAGUUUUUCGGCCAUCUGCAUUCGGACUCUUUUCGCAUCAUAUACGACGACAAUGGCAAACCGGUUUCAUGGAUGAUGAUUUCACCGUCUGUAACGCCAAGGAAACUCAAUGUGGGUUCAAAUAACCCGGCCAUGCGGCUCUACAAGUUCGAUACGGACUCCGGGCAGGUUCUGGACUACACGCAGUACUUCAUGGAUUUGCAAUUGGCGAAUCAGGUGGGCGAGCCCAACUGGCUUCCGGAGUACAACCUCACCCAUUACUACGCGCUCAGUGAUAUAUCGGCGGUUUCGCUGCACAAUUUUGUGGAUCGCUUCACCAGCGGCGACGGCACCUGGUUUGGCAAAUAUUCCCGCGCCAACACCGUGCGCUAUCAGUCGGAUUCCUGCGAGGGUGUCUGCAUGCUGAACCACUACUGCGCCAUAACGCGUGUGGACUACAAAGAGUUCCGCCAAUGCCUAGAGAAGGAGCAGAGCGCGCUGCGUUCGCACGCUCCCGCUGCGCACACGGCGCUCGCCGGCGCCUGCCCCGUUUUAGUGCUGAUGAGCGCAUUGCUGGCAUCCUGUUGUCGCCAGGCUGCGGCGCUACUGCCGAAACUCAUUGCACGCAUGAGAGUGCAACAGCAGCUACAACAGCACCUACAGCAGCAGCCUUUUGUCGAAAAGAAAAAGCGACAAAUUGAAUUCGCCGCGUUGGCGCUGGCCAUGACUACAGCUUCCAAAUACCGGACCGCAAUAUCAGCGAUGUUAUUAAACGGGAGAAUGGCAGCAUUUGCUCUGCUGCUCGGGAUAUUGUUGAUGCUGCAAUAUGCGUUGGAGCGCAACUACCGAGCCACGAGCACCGCACCACCACCGCCGCCAAAGGAAGGCCAACAGAGUGCGAAAAUGGCUGCAAAUAAAAUGGAAAAUUUUUACAUGCAACGGACAAUGUUGCAGCUAAGGACUGGUAGCAUGCUGCUGCGGGCGGGCCACGGUAGGGUGCCAUUACAACGGCCAGCAACACUCUACUGCAACGACGCUUGCUGCUGUCGGUUUAAUAUUGCCGUUGUGGCAAGCAGCGAUAUGAGAACCAAUGCGGCUGAUAACAAUGCAACACUGUGGCAACUGUGGCAUGACGUGGCGCAAGAAAAUGCUACUGACAAUAACAAUGGCCGUCAUGCAAUAAUUUCAAUUUCAACUGUGCAACAGCGAUUGCCACAACGCCGCACCGUCAAUUACAGGUCGCUACGUCUGGAGCGGCAACUUCUUUGUAUAUUAUGCUUCAUAAUGAGCUGCGUAAGGCCUCAAAUCUGUGGGUUUCGCAUACCACCAGGCGCCCUGUGCACCACCACCACCGCCAACAUACCCAACAAACUGCUUAACACAAACGCACCCACUGAAAUGCUGGACGGCGCCUCGUGCUUCAACCAAUUUAGACAGCAACAAACACACCGGCGUUGGAGCGUCCAGAGUCCCGCUUCACAUUAGUAACGCCCGAUAUUGCUUAGCUUAGCUUUUUUAUCGUAAUUUAGUGUUUAUUUUUGCAACAAAUAAUAUUCAAGCAGAGCGUGUGCGGCAGUUGGAUGAAUGUGUGGUCAUAAUUGGUAUAAUGUGAGAGCUUCUUAGUGCAUGAAGUACCAAACAUACCGAAGAAAGCUGAGUCACCUAAAUUUGUCAUGUUUUGUAGGGGUACAAUUUUCAAGCAAAGAUCAUUUAGACUUUUCUGAGGCUUUACUUAUUACGCAUACUUGAUGCCAGAGUUUCGAACACAUUUCGAUGUGUUUAAUAAUUUGGCUCAAAAACUGAUGUGGGCAUAAUAAACCUUCGGCAAAAAGUACAGAGUUUGUCCAGAAACUAAUAGGACUGAGUCAAUUUUAAAAAGUUUAUUUAAACCAAUCGUUACAAUUCUUUAAACACUUUCGAAACAGGCUCCUUC